CAUAAAACCAACAAAGGUGCAACUCCGCGAAAGGCAACAUGGUGGACGCCUGCAAAGGUUUUCCAAUAAACUUUAACAGAAAUAAUUAAGAUAACAGAGCAUUAUUUCCUUUGAGUCUAUCCAAAUUAGUUUCACUUUUGUGAAAAGUGCAAAAAAAAAUAAUUCUUAGAGUCUGCAAUCCAUUUCAUCUCUUAUUUAGUCACGCUUGUAGCUGGAUGGUUACAUGCAUGUUGGGUAUGAUUUAGUCAUCUACAUGAAUGCUCGAUCUGAUCUUUAGUCACCCGACUGUUUAACUACAAACACGGAAAGGUACAAAAAGCGACUUUGUAUCCGCUUGUAUAAAACGUCAUUAGGUAAGCUGACGGUGGAGUUGGUCGGGUGGGGUCGCGCAUUGCUGUGUUACCCACAGCCGGAGAACGCCGCCUGAACAGUAGCUGGAGCGUCGCUAUUACUUGCAAAUAAGAUACGACAUAUUUAAAACAAACAUCAUGGACUCAAAACGCAGCAACACGAAAACAAGUCAGAGUAGCAGUAGCUGCGAUUCAAGCGGCAGCAGUCCCGGCGGCUCGCCCUCAAGCCCGGCUCCCUGCAAGGCGCCCGGGGGUAACGCUUUCGCCAACGACGGCAGCUUCAUGGAGAUGUUUAAGAAAAAAAUGGAGGAGGAAAAAAGGAAAAGAGAACUGGAGCAAGAGCAGAGCGAAAAGAGAUCUGCAGAAGAGGGACAGUCAACGCAAGAAAAGAAGACAGUUAACGUGACCAGCUUUGUGGGCAAGCGGAGAGGCGGCGCCAAAUUGGCCCUCAAGACCGGGAUGGUAGCCAAGAAGCAGAAACUGGAGCCAGAGGUUGUGGCUGGUAAAGGAGAUGCUUGGACUAAGUAUAUGGCUGAGGUCAAAAAAUACAAAGCGCACCAGUGUGGGGACGAUGACAAAACCAGACCUCUGGUCAAAUAGACUCCAGUGCCGCUCUGUUUGUCCCCCCUCUGCCCCCGUCCUGAACGCCACCUGGCCCAGGUACACGUGAGCUCUCAGUCUUUGGGGAGAAGAGAACAGACUGUCCUCCAAACUGCCUGGCUUGUGCUUCACUAAAAUCAGGCUGAAAAACUUUGUAUUUUUCCUUCCCACUCGCCGUCAUGGAUCCUUCAUGUCUCUGCCCCUGUUUUUUACUUUCAUAGUUGACUGCAUUUCAUAUUGAGUUAAGGCAGUUAAGUGUGUAGAUGUAUUUACUUUUUACGUGACACAGAGUGUGUUGCUGUCGUAGUUGGAAUUUGCUUUGUCUUGUGAAAUUGUUUUUUCUAUUCGCAUAUGGAAGCUGCAUAUGUAACCGUCACCAUCGUAAAGUAAAACUUUUCCUCCAUAUUAAAUGGUUUCUGUGGUCUGAGAUGCUAA